AUGGAGGAAUCGUCCGAGAUCACCAUCACCGCCUCGACUUCUGACGUGGCAAGUAACUACUUCGUCGAUUCAGAGAUCGAUGCCUUCUUCACCAAGACUUCUGCAAGCCGCGAAGCUUGCAAUGGCAAAGCAAGAGAACUUGUUGGGGAUGGAGAUGUCGUCCCAGUCGACGUCCAGGGCGUGUGCAUCUACACCGUCUACGCCGGACCUGAGCUGGAAUGCGUCGUCCAGUUCCGCCUCGAAUCUCUAGCGCUCAAGGCCGAAAUAAGCUCUCUAGCGACCGAGAUUUACGGAUCACUCGUGCCAAAGGUGUCCUUCGAAGGCAAGCUAGGGGAAGAAGGAGAUGGGAAAAAGGAACCACUUUACGUCUACUUGAUGACCCGAAUGCGUGGAGUGACUCAUAUGGAUUUCAUCUUGGCUCAUGGCUUUCCGGAAAACUCCCCCGACCAUUUCCUCUGGCGAAAGAACCUGAUGGGAGACGUCGCGCACUUCAUGGCUCUAUCUUGGAACGCUCCUCAGCCCGUCAGCCCGGGGUACCGCAGUAGGUUACGAGACGCCUACGUUGGCGACCUGCAACUCUUGAACAAUUCACUCCCUUCUCGAUUCCGACCCAUCAUCCAGACCUGCAUUGACGCAAUAGACGACAUCCUAUCCCUGCCCAUGGUCCUCUUCCAUCGAGACUUUGGCGCCUGCAACAUCAUAGUGGACGAAGCAACCUGUCACCUUGUCGGCGUCAUUGACUGGGCGGAAGCUGAAGUGUGUCCAUUCGGGCUCAACCUGCAUUCACUUGGGUUUCUGACCGGGAAGCUUCAUCUGCGCAACGGGUGGACGCGGUACGAAGACUACCAUACUUUACAGGACACAUUUUGGGAGAGAUUCAAAGUGGAGGUCGCCGGAGUAUCAGACCAUCAGCUCCGGACGAUUAAACUCGCAGGGGCUUUGGGUCUGCUACUGUCGUCCGGAUUCACCAGCCGGCUUGCCAAUGAGCCAAAGCCGGUGCCUAUCAGCGAUGAUGAGCAUGGACGUUACAAUAUGAUGUCUUUGGAUGGAUUUCUUAUCAAUCCGGAGACGAAGUUCGACAUUGAUGGACCUUUGAAAGAUAGUCCGUACAGCAUUGUUGUUCGUCUGAGACCCUGA